CUCACUGAGCGAAAACAGAAGGCAAUGGAUCAGGCGGUUGAAAUGGAGAGCGAAAGGAUUGGGAGGGUGAGCAAAAAUGUUCAAGAGACAUGGCGUGGCAGCAUGACACAAUAAAGGAAUCUGAGUGCAACAAAAGGACUUCUCUGGAUAACAAAGCCAAAGCUGUGGAGUCGAGCUGACUGUGUGGAGGAUUUUCAUUUUUGCUUUGGUCUAACCUCGUUUAACCUGACCAGUGCGCACACAACGUUUCUGUUGAACCGUAUCUGCAGAGAGAGGUCUCUGACCAACAAGCCUUCUGACAGCAUAAAAGGUAGCUCAGUAUGAGUCGAGAUGGGUGGAUGAAGAAGAGAGCCAAUGCCAGUGAUGACAAUGGUUGGGGUGAAAGGGGCGGCUACAUGGCUGCCAAGGUCUUUAAACUGGACGAGCAGUUUAAACUUGACGCCCCAAGAGAAAAGCACAAGGAUGGAACCUCUUCCAGCAUCUUCAGUGGAGUGGCUAUUUAUGUCAAUGGGUAUACAGAUCCAAGUGCAGAUGAACUCCGCAGACUGAUGAUGCUGCAUGGUGGGCAGUUCCAUGUUUACUACUCGCGCUCCAAAACCACUCACAUCAUUGCCAAUAACUUACCCAAUUGCAAAAUUCAAGAGCUCAGAGGGGAAAAGGUCAUCAGGCCAGAGUGGAUUAUCGACAGCAUCAAAGCUGGGCGUCUCCUGCCUUACCUACAGUACCAGCUUUACACUAAACAGAAAAGCACACUCUUUGCUGGCAUGACUCUGCGCCAGACCUCAGAGAUUGCAGGACCAAGCCACAGCCUCCUUCAGCCGGAUGUCCAUCAAAAGCUUCCUCUGCCACAGCGCAACACUGAGCUCUCAGUUCCCCACAAUGGUCAGUUCUCCAUCCCUACCCCCAGCCGCAGGAGUGCUCACCCUCAGUCCACCCAGCACUGCACUGAAGCUCACUCUGUUAAACCAAAGCCAGCUCUUUCAGCAUCCAGUCAACUCUUUUCAGAUUCCAGGCACAGAAGCCCAUCACACACCCACCCACUGUCAAACCCAUGCCACACAAAGCACCCACACAAGUCUCUGCAGUCUCCGCACCUACAGGAAGAAGAAUUAAAAAUAAAUGGAUUACUGCGGACCUCGUUGGAUAUUGUGAGCCAUUCGAAAAGGAAUGAAAUGCAAGAGUGUGAAGAAAAUGCUUGUCAUGCUGGGGCUUUAAAGGUGGUAAAGGAAGCCCUGUGGACCAAUGGACAUGCUCACUUUGUUAAUGGUGCCUUAAAGCCAGAGGACCUUACUCCUUUUAAAGAUCAGUCCUCUCCUGACAUGGACAUGCCCAAAUGUAGAGUCAAGAGUUCACCAGAUAAACCUCAAAGUCCUUCAGUACAAUCCCAGGACAAGCCUGACCCUUACGAGUUUCCGCUCAGCCCUGCAAAGCAAGCUGAGCCUUCUCCUGUUCUUUUGGAGCAAUCCAGCACACAAAUAGCCAAUGGCCAGACCGCUAAACCUCCAGUACCCACCUAUCAUGAGGCUACAAAAGCCAAUGAAGCCCAGAUUGUCCCUAAACAUCUCCAUCAACCUCCUAAGGUUGAUUUGAUUUCUGAGCAGACUCAUUUUUCCCAUGCAUCUUAUUCUCUUUCACAAUCUUCAGUUCGACUGAAUGGAAGUUACCACAACACCUUUUCAUCUGACCCUGCAUCCCUCAGCGAAACCAGUCUAACAGUCAAACCUGAUCCUCCCACCAGUGAGACAUCAUCUAAGUCUUCAGUGCAGCUGCUGGAGCAGACUGGCGGUCUGAUCUCUGAGUUCUACUCUCACUCACGUUUGCACCAGAUCUCCACAUGGAGGAUUGGUUUUUCUGAGUAUGUCAAUGAGCUGCAUAGCAAACAAAAAGCAUCAGGGGGCACCUCCUACCCUGGGAAAGAUCGAUUGAAGAAAUGUGUGGCUCAGCGUAUGGCAGACUGUGAAGCUAGGAAAGGUACAUCAUCAUCAGUAAGUGUUAAGUCUUGUAUCCUCCAUGUGGACAUGGACUGUUUUUUUGUGUCUGUGGGGAUUCGACAUCGACCAGACCUUAAAGGGAAGCCUGUAGCUGUUACCAGUAACCGUGGACAGGGUAGAGUGCCCAUGAGACCUGGGGCUAACCCUCAGGUGGAGAUGCAGUACUACCAGAGGAAAUAUACUCAUCCUCAACAUGAGGGUGCAGAUGAUGAUCUACAUGUAACUCCCACACAAGAGAGUCCUGAUUCUCAUUCCAAUGGAGUGGACCAGGAUGCUGCUGCUCUCUCAAUGGCAGAGAUUGCAUCUUGCAGUUAUGAAGCCAGGCAGGCGGGUGUGAGGAAUGGGAUGUUUUUUGGUAAAGCAAAACAGCUGUGCCCCUCACUGCAGUCUGUCCCAUAUGAUUUUGAGGCCUAUAAAGAGGUGGCUCUCAAGUUGUAUGAAAUUCUGGCCAGUUAUACCCAUGAUAUUGAAGCUCUCAGCUGUGAUGAAGCAUUGAUAGAUGGUUCUGCUCUGCUGGCUGAGAUGGGCAUCAACCCAGAUGAGCUGGCUCAAGCCAUCAGAGCAGACAUCAAGGAGAAAACCGGAUGCUGUGCCUCAGUAGGCAUGGGGUCCAACAUUCUCUUAGCUCGAUUGGCAACCCGUAAGGCCAAACCAAAUGGGCAGUACUUCCUUAAAUCUGAAGAAGUGGAUGAUUUUAUCAGGGACCUGCCAGUAACCAGCUUACCAGGUGUUGGGCAUGUUAUGGGCAAAAAGCUGGCUGUUAUAGGUGUGAAGUCUUGUGGAGACCUCCAGCAAGUGUCUUUGUCUCAGCUGCAGAAGAAGUUUGGACCCCGUACUGGACAAACAUUGUUUCGCUUUUGUCGGGGUCUAGACGACCGACCUGUGCGCUACGAGAAGGAAAGAAAAUCUGUCUCUGCUGAGAUGAACUACAACAUUCGAUUUACUAAGGUUGAUGAGGCAGAGUGUUUUCUUACUAACUUGUCCAUGGAGGUGCAAAAACGUUUACAAGAAGCAGGACUGCGGGGUCGCAGAGUUACCCUUAAGGUCAUGGUUCGCAAGGUUGGAGCACCACUGGAACCGGCUAAAUACGGUGGUCAUGGCAUAUGUGAUAAUCUAGCCAGGACUGUGAUGCUUGCUCAGUCCACUGACAGCGGCCAGCUGAUUGCCUCUGCAGUCAUCAAGCUGUUCCAUGCCAUGAAGCUGCAGGUGCAAGACUUGAGAGGGGUUGGCAUCCAGGUUCAGCUUCUUGAGGGAAAUCAGUCCAUCCCACAGGACUGUAGGGGACCUCGAACACGCUCCAUCAAAGAGAUGCUUUUAGGCCAAGGAUCGAGUGCCAGAUCCAGUAACAAAGAUGCUGCAGGCGCUCAUCAAGAACAGACUCCCUCUCAGAUGGUCCAAUCAGCUGGCUCCUCACCACUUCCUUUGUCACCUGCUGAGCCAGUUCCGGGAACAAGUAAACAAAAGCCAGCCUGCAGAAAAACACCAAAACAUUCCCGAACACGUCUCAACUUCAGCAUUGAAGUCCCCUCACCUUCUCAGGUGGAUCGUUCUGUGCUGGAGGCCCUGCCUGCAGAGCUGAGAGAACAAGUGGAACAAUCGUGGACUAGAAGGGACGGGAGACCAAAUAACUGCCAUUCACCUGGUCUGCAGCUUUCCUCUUCUAGUCCUUGUCCAGCCUCCCCUCCUCAUCCUGCACUGUACACUCCACCAGCUGGAAUGUUGGUUCUACAGAUUCCAAACCAGCCAGACAGUCCAGGAAUUCUACUGGAGCUACCAAACUUCUCACAGGUUGAUCCAGAUGUAUUCGCUGCCCUUCCCAAAGAGCUACAGGAUGAACUGAAGUCUGCCUACAGCCGUAGCACAAAUGCCCAAGCCCUGGCAAAAACAAGUUUAACUGUAGUGGAGCAGAAAAAUCCAUUGUUGCAGCUGAAACAGUCUGGGGUGGGGAUUGGUAUUGGUCGAGUGAAGCGGCGCUACAAGAAGAGGAAUGCAGUGAGUCCUCUUAAAAAGGGAACUUCACCCCUGAAGAGGCAAACAACAAACAGUCCAGCCAAAAUUAUACCACCACCUAAAAAACCACAAGAACUGAUAAAUUUACCAAAGACUGAAAAUGGUCCCUCAACCUCAAAACUGGACGCCUCAGCAUCCACAACUAAGUCAGUUCCUCGUCCUGUUCCAGCGUUGGCCGGAGCAUGUGACUUGACGGACAUUAAAACGCUUCUACGAGAAUGGGUCACCACAAUAACAGAACCAAUGGAGGAGGACAUCCUGCAGGUGGUGAAAUAUUGCACAGAUUUGAUUGAGGACAAAGAUCUGGAGAGGUUGGAUUUGAUUAUAAAAUAUAUGAAAAGGCUCAUGCAGCAGUCAGUGGAAUCUGUUUGGAGUAUGGCAUUUGACUUCAUCUUGGAUAACGUGCAGGUGGUUGUUCAGCAGGCUUAUGGUAGUAUCCUGAAGAUAACGUGAAGAAGAGGAAGCUGUUCUCAUUGUGUGUGGUCUUUAAGCCACAUUUAAUUGUGCACUUCUUGUGAGUCCAUCUACUUAAAUAAUCAUGACAUUCAAAUGAUUAUUUAAUUCUUUCUCAACUGCACCACUGCUGCAACAUCUGGUAGUUUUUACAAUGCCCUGCUAAUAAUGACUGUGUAAAUACCGAUUGAGAAGGAGCCAUGGCAGUAUUUGACAAAAAAAAUGCACAGUAAAUCCUUUUUUGUACUUGUUUUUAAUGGACAAACAUCUCCAACUGACGGGCAUGAAAUGCUCUGUGUCUACUCACAAGAACACAAAUCAGUGAUGAUCGUAGCAGCUUUUUUGGAAAUUCAUCCUUUUUGCAGGCAUUGCUUUCUUACACAUCUGUUCUACCCAGACUUGUAACAUAUUUUAUUUUACAUUAACAAAUACUUUUACAAUAAUACAUUAACUUUCCUCAGCUGUACACACAUUGGUACUAAGUACAAUGCAUAUCAUGGUAACAUACAAAGCAUCUCUUGGCAGUUUUACAGUCUAUUUACCUCAUAGCACUCCUCAUGCAUCAAAGAUUUCAGAAAUGCUGGGGCAAAAACAUGAUGAUUUUUCAUUGUUAAUGUGGAUCUCUUAUAUCCAGCAUUUAUCUGAAAUAUCUGCAAAUGCUGCAUACAUUAGUAAAGGUUUUGUUUUUGUUUUUUUGUUUUUUGGUUGUUUUUCUACAAAGAAAAGUGCCAAGUCAUGUUACUAUAAUGUGUAAAUAAUGUUUUUAAAGAUUCUUGUUAAACAUUUUAAAAGAACAUGUAAGCAGAGGAAUUGCCUCUUUUAUUGUUUACCAGUAGUGGAUUCUUAGUAAAUUGUCUUGAAAUUGUAAUUCUUCUCACUCUUGAACUGUUUAAGUGUCCCUACAUAGAUAUCAGAAGCUAGCCAAAGUACUUCAUCAAGGGUUAGCUGUUGAUUCUCUGUAGCACUCUUAUUUGGGGGGGAACUGACAGCAUUCAUGGCAAUCAAGCAGCCUAUGCAUUUCUUUUCUUUUUUUCUUUUUUUUCUUCUUCUUAAUACCCACUGAGCAUUUGUAUUGGGAGUACCAUUAAAUCCAGUAUUGGGUUUUCUCUGGUUUUCUUAUGUGUCAACAUUGAGGUAAUGCUGGAUUUGUACAGAAACAGCUGAUCUGAUUUCUAAUCCUGUGGCUCAUCUUGUGUAACUCACACUUUGGGGACCUGGAAUGUGGCUACUUUUCUAUAUUUCUGUAAAUUCAACAUUUUUCUUUUGCUCUAUGGAAGAUACUAUGUUUGUUUUUGAAGAGUUACCUGUAUAUGCAAACCAGAUCAGUCUGUCAUCUUCAAACAUUUGUCAAAAUGAUUGUAAUUUCGAAUGUGUGAGUUUCCACUCAUUUUCAAGAUGUUGCUUGUCUUCACCUGUCACAUCUCUCCUGAAAGGAAAGGCCACGAGCAAAAAUUGGCCCGUGUUGUGUUCUCUAAACUGGCUUGUGCCUGAAGACCUGAAGCUGUGAACUUGUUUGUAAGUUUUCUAAACCUUGGUAAUAAACUGAAAACUAUUAUUUUAUUGAUCCUCAUCAGUUCUUAAAGUUGCAGCCCAUAUUGUACUGAGAUACUUUCAGGAAAGGAAAGCAAUGGCUUAAAAAAAAGGUUUUUACAAUUGCAGUUUAUCUGCACAAAUUACACAAGUCACAUUUUAAUUUAUUCCAAAUCCAAUAUUUAGAAAUCUGCUUCUGUGAAUGUAAUCUCAUUGCAAGUGGGUCUAAUUUUUUUCAAAUACUGAUACCAGGAAAAAUAAGGCUCUAUAAAUGAAGGAUCUGGAGUUUAAGAACUGCUCCUCCAACUGUAAAGUGAAUACUCUCAUUUUAUAUCCACUGUAUAACUAACUCAGUAUCUUUAGCUAAACAAUUAAAAUAAAAAUUGUCAUAUUUUUCA